GGGGGGAUGCGCCGGCCGGAGAACGGGGCGGCGGCGGGGACCAGAUAAAUGGCUCAUUUAAAUUGGGAGCUACUAAAAUACUUUCUGGCUGGCAAAUGCAGUGCCUAGUAGCAGCUAUCAGGGAGGAACCAAACAUGAGUGGGGGAGGGGAACAGGUCGACAUUCUGCCGGCCAACUACGUGGUCAAGGACCGUUGGAAAGUGCUGAAGAAGAUUGGUGGUGGUGGUUUCGGUGAGAUUUAUGAGGCAAUGGAUCUCCUAACCCGUGAGAAUGUGGCCCUGAAAGUGGAGUCAGCCCAGCAGCCCAAACAGGUCCUCAAGAUGGAGGUGGCUGUCCUGAAGAAGCUGCAAGGGAAAGACCAUGUUUGCAGAUUUAUCGGCUGUGGAAGGAAUGAGAAAUUUAAUUACGUGGUCAUGCAGCUUCAGGGCCGGAACCUUGCAGACCUCAGAAGAAGCCAGCCUCGGGGGACUUUUACGCUGAGCACAACCCUGCGAUUGGGCAAGCAGAUUCUAGAAUCCAUAGAAGCCAUUCAUUCUGUGGGAUUCCUGCACCGGGAUAUCAAGCCGUCCAACUUUUCCAUGGGUCGCCUGCCUUCAACCUACAGGAAAUGCUACAUGUUAGACUUUGGUCUGGCCCGGCAGUACACCAACACCAACGGCGAAGUCCGGCCACCUCGCAAUGUUGCUGGGUUUCGGGGAACGGUCCGCUAUGCUUCAGUGAAUGCACACAAAAACCGAGAGAUGGGUCGACAUGAUGACCUGUGGUCCCUCUUUUACAUGUUAGUGGAGUUUGCAGUUGGUCAGCUUCCAUGGCGCAAGAUCAAAGAUAAGGAGCAAGUUGGCAUGAUCAAAGAGAAGUAUGAGCAUCGAAUGCUGCUCAAACACAUGCCGUCUGAAUUCCACCUCUUCCUGGAUCACAUUGCGAACCUGGACUACUUCACCAAGCCCGAUUAUCAGCUGAUCAUGUCGGUGUUUGAGAACAGCAUGAAGGAACGAGGCAUUACUGAGAACGAGGCCUUUGACUGGGAGAAAGCUGGAACGGACAUUUUAUUGUCGACAAGCACCUCCACGCCACCACAGCAGAACACCAGGCAGACAGCCGCCAUGUUUGGGGUGGUUAACGUCACUCCAGUUCCUGGGGACUUGCUGCGUGAGAACACUGAAGAUGUCCUACAGGGUGAACACUUGAGCGACCAAGAGAAUGCUCCUCCGAUCCUGCCAGGCCGGCCAGUGGAAGGGCUGGGCCAGGCUCCUAACAUGGCCUUCAACGAGACCGAGGUUUGGGAAGAGACGGAUGUGAACCGCAACAAACUCAGGAUCAGCAUCAGCAAAACCCAGUGCAUGAUGGAAGAGGAACAGAGAAGUGGUGUCUGCCCCAGCUCCCCGAUACGGGCGCCUCCAGACUCCCCUACCACUCAAGUGCGCUCUCUGAGAUACCGUCGCGUGAAUAGCCCUGAGUCGGAGCGCCUGUCCACUGCCGAUGGCAAAGCAGAUCUACACGAGAGAAGAUCUCGCGUGGACUUACCUUGUUCCCCUUCCCGGCUGGUGUGUUCCUCCCAACCAGCACAGAUGCUGUCCAUCGACACUGGCCAAGUAGACCGUCAGGCGAGCGGCAGGAUGGAUGUGUCUGCUUCCGUGGAGCACGAGGCCCUCAGCAAUGCUUUCCGCUCCGUGCCGCUGGCGGAGGAGGAGGACUUUGAUAGCAAGGAGUGGGUUAUCAUUGAUAAAGAGACAGAGCUGAAGGACUUUCACCCGGGUGCUGAGCCGAGCACUUCUGGAACUACAGACGAAGAGCCCGAGGAGCUUAGGCCGAUUGAAGAGGGCGAGGAGAGGAGGCGAUUGGGGGCAGAAGCCGCCGUCCGGCCGAAGGUCCACGAAGGGAGAACAUGGGGGAUGCAGCCUGUGACUGAGGAAGACAGUUCACACAGGCACGAAGGACACUGUCAAACGGUAUCUGACACCAGACCCGAACAGCAGCCAGGAAGCCCGGCCCAGUUAUCGUUACACUCAGCACCAGCUCUCCGACAGCACAGACGGGAGUCCGAACCGACCGGUCCUCAGAGACAGGUGUUUACACUGAACCCUUUUGAAAUGAAUGGUCUGCCCAAGGCGGUGCCUUUAAAUUUGCCUUAUCAAGACUUUAAAAGGGAUGUGUCAGACUCUAGGGAAAAGCCGAGGUUCCUCCAGCGGAUAAAAAAGGUCGACUUCUCAAACAUUGUCUUGACCACUCCUUGUAAACCGCCGGCGCCCCGUCUGGAACUGAAUGGGGAGUGUGAGGAGGAAGAGGAGGAGGAGGAUGAAGAGGAGGAGGACGAGGAGGAGGAGGAAGCUGGUUAUCUGGGAGAAGAGAUUGACAUGCACAGUAGCUCCAGCAGCGACGUGAGUCAGAAAAGCACGGAGCGCAGUCAGGAAGGGGCGCCAUCCACUCUGCUGGCCGAUGAUCAGAAAGAAUCCAAGGGCCGUGCUUCCAUGGCCGAUGGCGAUUUAGAACUGGAGGAAGGCUCCAAAACGCUGGUGUUGUUUUCCCCGGGUGACAUGAAGAAGUCUCCACUCACCACCGACUUGGCGCCAGACAUCGAUCUGGGGACACUCGCUGCUUUAACGCCUCAGAGCGAGAGGCCCCAGCCCCUGGGCAGCCAGCUGGAUGUGUCAGAGCCCGGGACCCUGUCCUCCAUCCUGAAGUCCGAACCAAAGCCUCCAGCAGCCGUUUCCACGACGUCCUCCCCCUUUACCAAAGUCGAGCGCACGUUUGUUCAUAUUGCUGAGAAGACCCAUCUGAACGUCAUGUCUUCCGGCAACCAGCUGGUGAGGCACGAGGAGUACGGCCCUCCGGGCCAACUGGAGGAGAUCAUCCUUGAGGAGGCGCUGGAGGAGAACCUGGGGUUGGUAGAAAAUGGGAGUGCGAAUUCUGGUUUAGAAGGGGGAGAAAUGGAAAGCUGCGCGCUCUCGGUCAAUCACAUCGAAACCUCCUCGGAGAUGGCAGGGGAGCCGCUGACGCUGCCCAACGGCGUGGCCCAGUCCCCGGAGGAGAGGCUGGAGCUUAAAGGCAAAGCCGCGCUGGCACUGGAUUUGGAAGAAACUGGCCGGCUGGUUUCAGGAGAGCCUAGCUUAGAAAAGACCAUGCUGGCGACCGAGCGCCUUACGCAAGCCGAGGCUCUCCUGGGAACGGUGAAGCAGGGCCCAAGGAAGCCUCUGAGUGCCAGAUACAGAAGCCGGAUUCCCAUCUUGUUCUCCGAGGAGGACACCGGCUCAGACCUAUCGGCCUCGCUCUCGGCCAAAGAGAGGCUUCACAAGAGGGCCAAGCAGCCUGACUUGGUUCGCCUAGUGAUGGAGAGAAGGCAAAGCCGCAUCCUCAGAUUGGCCUCUGGCGCCUCCUCCUCGGCCUCCUCCAGCGAUGAGCGGAGACGUGCCUCGGAGACCCUCUCGGCCACCGGCUCGGAGGAGGACACCCAUGACUCAGAUGACUCCGUCCCAAGGAGGACGGGGGAGGGGAAGGCAUCCCACCCGGGAAGAGAGGGGAAAAUUUUAAGCACAAAGAGCAGAAUCCCUCGGCCCAUUGUGCCUGCGAGGACGUUGCCGGCAGCAGUAAAGUUUGGGAGUCCAGCAGCAUCGGGCAGCUCGCCGCUUGAUGCAGCUCUCACCGCCAGGCUUCAGAGGACAGCUGGGACUGCGCCCAGUGACUCCCCACUGAAACAGCUCCAGAGCCGGCUCCCUUCCUCCCCGAGUCCAGCUCCUCCUCCUCCCCCGUGGAGCUGUGCUCCCCCCUGGAGCCCCAGCCUGCCCCCACGCAACCUCAGUGCUUCCCCCAAAAGCCAGUCACUGUCCAGACGGGAGAGUCCUUCGCCCUCCCGGCAGCAUAGGCCAGGGGCUGCCCUGCAGCGAGUUCAACCGUCUCCCCGCCCUCAACCCCGAGUCCUGGCGCGGGGGCUGCUGGGCGAUCCCCUGGCCUCCCCAGGCCUGGCCAGGAAAGGACAAAGAGGGAAAACCCAGACUCCGAGCCCAGCAACCAAAGGAAGGCAAGUGUCCGCGGAAGGCAAGGCCACGGCCAGAUAAUGAUCUUCUGCCGCCAACCCGUCAGGCUGGCUAACUCCUGCGUCUAGUGUACACUGAGCUGCCGUACACGCCGGAGCCACGAGCGGCUCGCAGCUCGCUGCACUUCAGCGCUUCACUCCCUCCCACGCCCACGCCGGCCGGAAACCGCUGCCCCACCGCGGGCUCGGCCGCAGCGCACGCUUGCUAUUGCAAACCACCAACCAGCGCCUCAGGCAGCCUGCCUAGUGCCUGACCCCCCACCCCGCCCUUUUCUCCUGCUCACUUAGCAAUACCAGUCUCCACUCCAGCGCGCUGACACGUGAGCUUUAGAGAGCAGCAGUCGAAGUCGGUGGAGAGGGGACCGGCGUGGGCGCUGCGCCCACUGGGAGGAGAGGGCUCUGGAACUGUAGGGAGCUGCCCCCCCCCCCCUCCAGUGUGUUGUUCCAGGAAGCCCCCCCCCGCCUCGCCUGCUGUACUUGCACUGACAGUGGUUACAACCCACCUCCUGCCCCGCGAGCCAGGGAGCGCCGCUCGCUGAGCAAGGAGAGCAGGCCAGGCGGAGAGGAGCUGCAGGUAUCUCUCAGCAGGCGGGCGGGGAAGCGCACCUUUACCAGCUGCUGCAGGGAGCCGGGCACCGGUGCUCGGUGACGCCCCCAGGCCAGUCUGUCUGUGGCGGCAGGUGGGUUUGUGUGACCAAGCCCGGGCUGCACUGACAGCUUGCCAGGGGCCCAAGGGCUAGGGGGGCAGAUUGCAGCCCCCUCCAUCUGGGAUAGCAAACUGUGCCCCAUACUAAAGAGGUGGGUGUCACUGAAUGCCUUUUGUGCGGGUGCCCCUGCACCGAACUGCCUUGUGCUUUGUCGUCACACUGCCAGGUGGUGGGGGGGGGGGGGGGGCUGCACAGUGGCUUUACCACUGCAGGGGGGUGACUCUUGUGUACUACAGACAGGUGCUGCUGCUUUGCAGCCAGAGAUGGGCCGGCCCGUUACUGAUACACUAGCGUAUAACUAGCUGAUUUGGGCAGGUAGGGUUUAUGGCUUCCUCCGCCUGCACUCUCAGCCCAAACUAUGUGAAUGUAGUGGCAGGGUCAGAUUAAGGCCCCAGUUCCGGAUGUCACGUGACCCCUGCCAACCCCCAGCUCUCAUUUUAAAACCCCUUUACCCUUCAUGGCUGGGAAGCAAUGCUCGAAAACCAUGAGCCACAUGUAACCGAUGCCGCCAUGUCUGCCUGAGUCUGCAGAGAGUCGGAGAGAGGCAAAAUGUUCCAUUCAUCUCCACGGGGGCAAUGCCAGGCCCCACGGCUCUGGGGAGCCCUACCUGCGCUACGCCAGCACUGGGGGCUGAGAGCGGCAGAAGAAUACAACACGUGCUGCCCGCCCAGGCCUGCAGAGGCGCCCAGCUGCCGGUGUAAAGAUUCAGGGGGGUGGUAAAGACUAAUAAGGCCAGGGCUGGCCUACAGCGCGCUCUGGCUUACAGGGUAAGGGAGCUCACUGCAAGACUAGGCAUUAAAAACAGCCAAAUGCAAGGUCAUAUUCCUGACAACCAAGACUGCAGCUCACACUUCUAGGGGUCAUGCAGGGCUAAACGGGAAUAUCAAGUAGACACAGGGGGUGAGCUGACUUCUCUGUACAGCAUGAGCAGAGUUGCCAACACUUGCAAUUUUAGUGUCUCUCCCGCUCUCAUUAUUCAGGGUUUUCCUUGAAGCCUCUGUUGCUGGAGCCAUGCAAAUCUCAGCCUCCAGAGUUUUUUAAGCUGAGCGCUAGACCUCCUGCGUAAAACCGUAACCCAGUGGCUGCCUCCAGGCCCAGGCGGCCCAGGGAAAGCCCCACACCGAAUUGUUUAGUUAAAGGUCAGCCGUAACCAAGCCCUCCUGCUUUUAGGCUGCGUGGGCUUCGGGACACAGCAUCAGUGAGCCCAUAACCGGCCCCUGUGUCCCGGGCUGGGGGGGGGCCACACGGCCAGGAGCUGUUACACAUUGGAAAGGGUUCAGAAAAGAGCCACACACAUGUUUAAAUGGCUGGAAAACCCUCCUGCCAGCACCGGGACUGAGCGGCAGGCUGGCACCAUGCUCCUUCCAUAAACCCUGCCUGCCCCGGAGUGCCUGCUUCCUCCGGGCUGGGAGAGACACGACGGGCCUAGGCAGGGGGACAUGGGGAGGGAAAUGCUCUGGGUAAGGGGCAGAGACGGCCCCAAGGCUAGGAGAGCAGAGGCAGCACAAAGGGCCCUGAGGCUGGCCAGAGGGAGGGCAGAAGGGCGGUACACAGAGACUGACCUGAUUUCUCCAGCUCGGCGGGCAGGCGAGGGCACAUUUGGCUGGCUGCUUUGCAGGGCCAAGGGGGUCCGCAGCACAGCACAGAGCCCGCUGGAGCUUCAUCAAGCCAGUGACAUAACGAAGGUCAGCAAAUGGGCCUGCUGCAGCCAGCGGAAGGUUCUGUGGGGCUCCUACUUCUUGAACCCACCUUGUACCAUGGUUGCCACAGCAAAAGGUGCGGGGCUGGGCAGGGAGGAGAGCAUGGUGAAGGGUCUCAGCCAUACAGAGCGUUACCUGCUGCCGUGAGUGUGAAUGGAGAAACAGCCUACGUGUGCAGCAAGGCCUGUGAGCAGCCAUGGGGCAGCGAGGGAGAGGUACUGUGGGCAACGGGCAGCAGCAGCCGGGCAUUGUAUCCACAGUUCAGGUGGUUGGGGUCUGGCGCCCUUUGAUCGCCCGGCCACAGAGCAGGCAGUGUGUGACUAUAAACAGGGGCAAACUUGCUGCCGCAUGGGCCGUGAUACCUCACGUUGAUGCCAAGGGCCGUGGGCUGGGGCCCUGAGCCUGCUGCCUUCUCCCACUGCUGUCUACCCCUUGUAGCUUCUCCAGUCCCUGCCGUGCCCCUGGGCCUGGGCUGUAUGCAGGCUGGACACACCCACUCCGUUAGGAGGCCUUGUCUACACACACAUGCACUGCUUUAGUUAAGCUGGUGCAGUCAAACCCGUGCACACCCUGCCGUGGACACGCUUGUUUUGGUUUAAGCCCAGCUUACUGUGGGUUCACAUAACCUGUUCCCAAGCCACUUUAGCUAACCGGCAAUAAGCCCCUUUUACCCUGGGUGCUCCACCUCGGGGCUGGCACUGAUUUAACUAAUGGGGUUCCGUUUACACCUUUAGCCCAGUGCACCGUCUCUCUGUAUUCACACCCCGACAGGCACAAACGUAACACAGCGUGAAGGCCAGUUUGAACCAUGAGCUGAGCGUCUGCACCCUCUCCCUGCCUCAGGUUAGACGCCCACCUUGGUGAGCAGAGCAGGCUGAGGGGCUUCGCUCACCUGCAGGGGGCUAGCCGAAUGCUACAGGCAAUACAUCCAUAGCUGGGGCUUCUCUGCAGGCCCCCCGCUGCCUCUCCAGCGUUGGGGCCUAGCCUCAGGUACGCCCCUCGCUGCCCCGUACCUGCGAGCGCUGCCCCGCUGCAGUCCCCUUGAGGAGCAGUGGAAGCACCUGUACUGGUGGAGCCCAGCCUGCAUGGGAGGGGGUUUGCCCUGCUCCAGGCUGCCCCCAGGCCAGUAACAGCGGUGAUGGCGUCAUUGCCCCACAGCAUGAGGAAGCGCACAACACGUGGUGAUCCCAAGUGCCCACUGCUGGCCAGCGCUAGCUGGGGGCUGCUUUUUAUCUGCCCCGGGGGUCACACCAGUGCAAAGCUGUUAAAAGUGGGGCUAGUUCCCCCUCAGAGAUGGGCUCUGCGUCCGCGUGGUGGCUGGGCUGUGACUGAUGGCCAGAAGCCGGUCCCGUGGCCCCCACCUUGUGCGCGCUAUUCACUACAUCGUUCCCUCCUUCUAGCAGCUUUGCUCCUGGCGGGGCCUGUCCAGUCAGUCCGUCUUGCUGUCUCGGGGGUUAGGGGCUGUCAGACCCUGCAGACCUUUCUGGGUUAGCCCCUCUAGCCAGCCCCUGCAGCCAGCACUGCCUGAGGGGGAUGGGGGGGGGCGGACCUUGCAGAAAGAACAAGGAUUUUUCCUUCCUUUUGUUCACACACCUGUAAAUAAACAAAGUCACACGCUGUACGUUAAUGCGCCCUCAGCCCACGGCGCGGAGCCACCGGUGAGGCUGCUGCUGAAUUCAGGGCUCUAGUCUCCCCUUUGGACCUCAAACCUGUCCCACCAGGAAUGGAGGUGAACGCGCUGCCCCUGAGCCGUGAGAUCACCCCCACACCAGCGGGCCUCUAGGGUGCUUAUGGGGCCCCUGCGGUGCUCACUGGCAGAGACUGGGGGGGGCUUGCGCUGUCCCUUACACCAUGGAAACGCUCUCCUCCCGCUUACACCCACUGGAGUCAGCGGCACGGCCGGCCCUGUAUUCCUCGAGUGCCGGCAGGGAGCAUACAUGGGGCUCAGGGGGAUUGUGAGGGAAAGCCAGGGAAACAGUAUCUUUGGAAACAGGUGUCACUGCCCCGGUGCUGUAUUACGUGCUGGCACCUUUGUCGCGCUCUGUCCGAAGUGAUGGCACCUGGCUCUUAACUGCAGACGCUACACCUGGAGCAACUCUGUUAAUUUCCUUCUCAGCCAAGCAAAGUGUUCUGACCGGGAGCCAGGCCUUCUGCUCCCCAGUCCUGUCUGCCCGGCCCUGCUCCUGGGGCCCACGGCUCCACCUCCAUCCGUUCUGCGCAUUCGUUAGGAAAGCCACUCUAGAAUGUUUACACAUCGCAACUAGAAUGUACAACUACCACCAAGGACGGCGAAGCUGGGCUAACUGCAUGGCAAACGUCUCAGCCAUCCAGCCUGGCAUGCGUCACAGAGACCCUGCUGUGUACAAAUCCACCUGCCAACUGCCGGAUCAUGUCCUGGACCAGCUGAUGAUGCAUCAGACGCAGCUGUCAUAAUUAGAUUUGUUCUGAAAAGGGGAUUGUCAAUCAUGCCAUUAAAAGCCUGCCUAUCUUU